UUUACCCAUUGCCUUUGAUUUGCUAGUCAUGAAACACAAGUGGAAGAGUUUCUUUCAUUGGUCGCUGGUGGCCCUAAUACUCUUUCUGGUGCCUGUGGUGGUCAUUGACAGCUACUAUUAUGGGAAGUUGGUGAUUGCACCACUCAACAUUGUUUUGUAUAAUGUCUUUACUUCCCAUGGACCUGAUCUUUAUGGUACAGAACCCUGGUAUUUCUACUUAGUUAAUGGAUUUCUGAAUUUCAAUGUAGCCUUUGCUUUGGCCCUCUUGGUCUUACCACUGACUUCUCUAAUGGAAUACCUGCUGCAGAGAUUUCAUGUUCAGAAUUUAGGCCACCCAUAUUGGCUUACCUUGGCUCCAAUGUAUACUUGGUUUAUAAUUUUCUUCAUCCAGCCUCACAAAGAAGAGAGAUUUCUUUUCCCUGUAUAUCCACUUAUAUGUCUCUGUGGCGCUGUGGCUCUUUCUGCACUUCAGAAAUGUUACCACUUUGUGUUUCAACGAUACCGCCUGGAGCACUAUACUGUGACAUCGAAUUGGCUGGCAUUAGGAACGGUCUUCCUGUUUGGGCUUUUAUCAUUCUCUCGCUCUGUGGCACUGUUCCGAGGAUAUCAUGGGCCCCUUGAUUUGUAUCCAGAAUUUUACCGAAUUGCUACAGACCCAGCCAUCCACACUGUCCCAGAAGGCAGACCUGUGAAUGUCUGUGUCGGAAAAGAGUGGUAUCGUUUUCCCAGCAGCUUCCUUCUGCCUGAUAAUUGGCAGCUUCAGUUCAUUCCAUCAGAGUUCAGAGGUCAAUUACCAAAACCUUUUGCAGAGGGACCACUGGCCACCCGGAUUGUUCCUACUAACAUGAAUGACCAGAACCUAGAAGAGCCAUCCAGAUAUAUUGAUAUCAGUAAAUGCCAUUAUUUAGUGGAUUUGGACACCAUGCAGGAAACACCCCGGGAGCCAAGGUAUUCCUCCAAUAAGGAAGACUGGAUCAGCUUGGCCUAUAAACCAUUCCUCGAUGCAUCUAGAUCUUCCAAGCUGCUGCGGGCAUUCUAUAUCCCCUUCCUGUCAGAUCAGUACACCGUGUAUGCAAACUACACCAUUCUCAAGCCCCGGAAAGCAAAGCAAAUCAGGAAGAAAAGUGGAGACCGGAGAAGAGCAGAACCAACUUACAGGAAGAAUUGAAAACCGUUGCACUGGAUGGCUGUGUUAAACUGUUCUCCACAUUCUGGCCUGGCAUCUGAGAACUAGCAAGCCUCUCUUAGGCCAUAUGGGCUUCUGCACCAAAGCUGUUUGGCAGCUCCUAGCAGACCUUCUCGUUCAAAUCCUCGUGCUGAAAAUGAACACAGUCUAGUUGCCAACCCAAUGUCCUUUUCACCUCCAGCAAGACUAAGCUUCUAUAAAGCACUUCACAGGACUCGGAUCCUGUCCUGGAGCUAUCUCAGGAAAAAGGCGACCUUUUGAGG